AUGGAUCACAUACCCACGCCUGAGCAUCCUUUUCGAGUGGUUCGCGUACCGUGGCUCGGUGGAGGCCCCCGGUUUAUCAACCACCGUGAAUACGAUUUGGAACCCUCUCAGGAAUCUCUUGCCCGGAUCCGACGGAAUUCGGAAAAGCUAUUGGAAGAGGAUUGCGAAAGCAAGGACAGCGCUGGGGUGGCAGCCUUGCUUCAAGAAUGGCUAUUCUUUGAUCUACUCAAGUCAAUAUUUCAAAUCUGCGGAAUCACAUUCAUCAAGAGUGACUUCGUACGAUACACCUCCAAGCUUGUAAAGAGACCGAAAAAGAAGGCCUUCGUUACGACAAGAACACUCGGUAAAAGAUUGCAGCAAUGGUACGACAAAGAAAAGCAUCAGCCAGUAUCUAUCAAGUUGGAUCACGAAAAAAGAAUCCGAUACAAUUUCACCAUCGUCUCCGAGGUAAUCCAAUUAUUUAAUCGAAAGUUACGCUCUGCUGGCAGUACCGAUCAGGCGACAUAUUUGCGCAACUGUCUUCCUGGAGAAGUCGAACUAUCGAUAGUUGUUUUGCUGGCCUCGAUUCAGUACUUUCACACGAUUAUCUAUGAUCCUCGAAGGAGAUUGAAGGUGCCGCAAUGUCCCUGGCUCUCGUUGCUGAUGGUUGAAGAGGGCUGGUGUGCAGGACAGAUCACCAAACUAUGGAGACGGCAUGACAACGUGCUGACCAUGUACUACAUCAAGCUACUCGGUCCGCCGACGGUCAAGAAGGACCAUUCGCGUUGCUCGAUGAAACGCUGUGCGGCCAAUGACGUGCUGGAUGACACGUAUGUUACGGCACACCGUCCUCUAGAUAUAUCUUUUAUGCACGCUCACAUCCCGAAAAUGAUCACGAAGCGCAUGAGCUGCAAGUGUGGAGGUCACCUUGGUCCGGAUAUGGAGAAGCUCAAUGCCAUCAUCAGAGACGGCAAUAUUCCGGUGAUAUCGGUUUCAUGCGCAAGAAACCUCCCGAAUGGAAAAUGGGACGAUUCGCUGGAUCUUCAAGUCGUCGCGUAUGAACCGAAUACUCCGUAUGUGGCAAUAUCACACGUAUGGUCUGAUGGAUUAGGAAAUCCCAAGGAGAACACGCUGUUCAUAUGUCAGCUGAAGGCGCUCAGGACGCAGCUGCAGCACAUGAUCACGGUGAAUCCCGAGUAUUUCGAUGAAAUGUUUCCUGAAGGCCUACGUAUGCGUGCAGCGAGACAUCUAGAGAGAAUUUAUUUCUGGAUCGAUACCCUCUGUGUGCCGGUCAAGAGCCGCGAAACAAGAAAGAUGGCAAUCCGAGAUAUGCGGGCGGUCUAUGAAAAGGCCACGGCUGUCUUGGUGAAGGAUGCCGAAUUGAUCGCGCAGGGGGACCGGUAUGCACCCGUCGAAGAACUUAUGUCUCGCGUCUGCGUCUCUCCCUGGUGCGGGAGAUUGUGGACUCUACAAGAAGCGUCUCUAAACGACAGGGUAUUUGUCCAGCUUUUGCAUAACGAUGUCGUGCCGCUUGAUGACCUGAACGAGCCGACUCGAUCUCUUGUUCUGUUGUCGGAUGAGCUGCUGGAAGCUGAAUCGUUAGAGAUACCCGAGUCUCAUUCCGCUUUCAGAUACACCGAGGAUAAGAUCGACGUCGCAACCAAGUUUAUGGCUUGUCCAUCGGCCAUUUUGUCGAUGAACGUCCUUCCUCCCAGUCUGAUGCUAAACCCGGUAUCGAUACAAACAAAGGCCGAGUUAUUGCUUCAGAUCCUUACCGAAGUCCGAAGUAGGGAAACUAGCAAAGCCUCCGACGAAGCCAUUUGCCUUGCGACCUUGUUGAACGAAGGCUCAGAGGCGGUCCUCAGAGAGAACGAUGCCGACCGAAGGUGGACUGCCUUCUUGUCCAUCAUUGGAGAUGUCAUCUCGCCGACUAUAUUGUUUGCCAAUUUUCCCAAAAUGACCCUGACAGGAUACCGCUGGGCACCUCGGACAUUUCUGAAGUCGGUUGAUGGUUCGGAGCUGUCAAGAGCAGUUAACGCCGACGGAUUUGACCGAGGGAUGCACAACUUAGGGGAGGAAUCCGACAGCGACAGCGACGAGCCCGCCGGUCGUACCAGAGAUACGACCCCUUCAGUUCAAAUCAGCGACCUCGGACUCAUGGCAUCAUUUUCGGGCUUUACUUUUCGGCCACUCUCAAAUCCUUUGUCACCAGAGUUCAGAUUUAGCGAGGACAGUGGCGAGACCACAUAUUGUUGCAUUAGCGAAUACGCUCAUGAGCAUUUUGGAGCAUGCUUUGACGGAAGUCCGCUCUUACCUGAGGAUUCUUGGAACGCAGUAAAGCCAGGGCCAAAUUCUCAGAUCUCGAUCGUCUUGGAAGGCCGCUUUUCAGACUCCUGUGCUCCUGUUCGAGGAGCGCUGCUUACAAAUUGCUGCAACAAGUUCAAUAUCUGGUACGGAACGUAUGUUUGUCUCGUUCUCAUUAUUCGGGUUAUGAGAGGGCAUACGUUGCCUGACUACGAUUGGAUGAAGGAGAAUCGGUUUAGAAGUCCAAAUAAAUCUCAGUGGGAAUUAGUCCUGGACACGAAAUACGGUGCGCAACAGCAGUGGUGUGUUGGAUAG